AUGUUCAUCCCUACCUUCCUCCUCGUGGCCUUCCUCAGCCUCUUCGCGCAAGCGACGCCUUUCGGUCAGCUCUCCUCGGCCGGAACCGCUCGCUCACCUCUCCUCAAGCAGGCGACUCGAUCCCAGGUCAUCAAGCGCAUGACCCGUCCUCGUCAGUUGCAGAGACGGGCCAGCCCUGUUCCGUUUCCCCCAUCCACUUGCACCGACUACACAUCGACUGGCACAGUCCCAUACGCCGUCUUUACCGGUCUCGACUACAACUCGGCGUCGGGCUAUACCAAGCUCACCGGCGUCGCCACUCGCGAGGCCUGUAUCAAGAUGUGUGAAUCGGAUAGUGCUUGUAUCGUGACUACCUACACCUCGAACCAAGGUACCUGCUACAUUGUCAGAGUGGCCGGUAGCUACUUUAAGAAUGGCCUCAACGCCGCUACCAGGGGUAAGACGUGUGCGCAGGAAAGCGCGGCCACGUCUGGCUUCUCAGGUGUCACUUGCUGCACCCAAUAUCGUGCGGCUUAG